AUGCCUAUCCGCCUGGCAAGGUAUUCGGAUCUCGAUGCCGUCUCCAAGAUCCUGGCCGCCGCUUUCUACGACGAGGAGUUGAACGACUGCAUCUUCCCUUACCGGAAACAAUUCCCAGACGACUAUGUCUUUGUGUGGAAGCAGAAAGUUGUCAAGAACUGGUGGGAUUACAACAAGAUAUGGCUCGUCAGCUAUGAAAAGGACCCAUCUCAGAAGUCUGGAGAGAUUAUUACCGGUGCUGCGGAAUGGGGUCGCGAGGGUAAAGGCUCAGAUCGACUUUGGGGUUUGGUGAGAUGGUGGGAUCCAAGAAGACUGAUAUCUCCAUUCAUCGGACUUUUCUACAGCUUCUAUCGCCUCCUCAUUCCCAACCGCUCCAUAGCCGUGCCCUCGCUCUCCGACCCCAACCCGUUGAACAAAUGGAACUUUGCAUACCGCAUCGGACCCUUUUCCGAGCACUUCUUCAACAAUCCACCCUGGCGGGCCAACCACUGGGAGCUGUCGACGCUCGGUGUCCACCCCAGUUACCAAGGCCGGGGCAUCGGCCAGAAAAUGGUGGCCUGGGGGCUGGAGAGGGCCAAGAAGGAUGGACUUCCCGCGGUGGUGAUCGGAGCCCAGGGCACCGAGCCGUUCUAUCAGAGAUGCGGGUUCCGCCAUCUGGUCGGGAACGUGUCAACGGUUGAAAUUGAGGAUGACGACGAGGGCAAGAAGGUCGUCCGAAUCGACAAGACCAAUCCGCUGAAACUUCGAGGCAUCAAGGGCGGCUCGGUUAUGUGGACUCACUCGGGAGACGAGAUUGAGAGUCAGUGA